CCCUAGGAAUCUGUCCACUGUCCAGCAUGUUUCCAUAGUUGAUAACUAUGAAACUUACAAUUCUAGUGUACGAUGCAAAUCUAAGCCGUCUAAUUCCAAUCAUCUUAUCCCCAUCAUUAUUGUUAUUUUUAUUUAUGAAUAUACCCACCAUUUUCACAAAAACACACACAAACAGGAUAUAUCAAAUAUGACAUGACACCAGCAAAGCCACAAUUCCAUCCGAGUUUGUCGUAGACAAAUGGAUUCGAAUAUGAUCCGAUUAUCAGCACCGUUUACGCUGAAACACACUGUUUUGAGCAAAUCCCGUAAUUCCUAUUCUCUCCAUUCGCUCCCUGCCUCAAGGAACUCUAAGAGGUUAAUCAGUUUCAAGCUGGGAAGCAUCAGAAACGACGCUGCUUUCGACGAGGCUGCUUUCGAGGCCGAGAGGCUCAGCCUCGACGCCAAGGCUCGGGAAGCCAUGGCCGAGGCUUCGAAGAGUGAGACUAGUAGUACAAGUACUAGCCAGAAUGAAGACGACCCGAAAGCUUGGAAAUGGGUGAUCAGAAAGAGGAUUUGGGAUUUGAUGGAGGCCCGAAAUGUUGCCCAGAAUCCCCGACCCGUUCACCACCGCAUCCCCAAUUUCGUCGGCGCUUCAAUGGCUGCCCAAAAAUUGGGUGGGUUGGAAGAGUUCCGGGUCGCCAAGUGUGUUAAGGUUAACCCGGAUUCGCCCCAGAAACAAGUCAGGUUUCUCACACUUUCUGGUGGGAGAAAGUUGUUAACUCCUCAGCCCCGAUUAAGGACAGGGUUUUUCUCUGUCGUUGAAUCCCAUAUGUUACCAACUCAAAGUAGCAUGAACGAGGCCUGCACCUCUGUCGGUGUUGCCAAGUAUGGCCGGCCCAUUGGGCUUGAUGAAAAGAUUAAGGUGGAUCUAAUCAUAAUCGGCUCAGUUGCUGUUGACCCAACGACAGGUGCUCGACUUGGCAAGGGUGAGGGAUUUGCAGAACUUGAGUAUGGGAUGCUGCGAUGCAUGGGAGCCAUUGAUGACUCAACGCCAGUUGUGACAUCUGUGCAUGAUUGCCAAUUGGUAGAUGAUAUUCCAGUUGAGAAACUGUUAAUCCAUGAUGUCCCAGUAGACAUCAUAUGCACUCCCACCCAGGUCAUUUAUACCAGCACAUCCAUUCCAAAGCCUCAAGGGAUUUAUUGGGACAAGUUGUCACCUGAGAAGCUAGGACAAAUUCGAGUGCUCAGGGAGCUGAAGAGCAGAAUAGAACGAGAGACUGGAGAGAAGCUUCCUUGUGGUCCGUCUGAGAAAUUGCCCCCCACAGCUCGACGGAGGCGCUAAUUUGUUUUAACUCUCAAGUGAAUGAAGGUAAGGAAGAACUUAAAAGGAAGCUGAGAAAGCAUAACUUAAUCUCAAAGAAGUGAAGUUAUGUUUGUGUUAUUUCAGAUGUGACGAAUGAGCCACCUUUAUUUUGAUUCAAUUACAUAUACACAUUGAUUUAUAUAUUUUUUCUCAUAAGAGAAUUCGGUUAUA